CUAUAUCUGAACCUUGGGCAGUCGAUUGGCAGGAGGUUACUUUAGGGGUGGACCCUGGCCCUCAGGACUGUAGAAGACAGACGGACAACUCUGAAACACCGACCACAGGAUUACAGAGGACCGUUGCCUGUCACACCCACCACCAGACCCAGCCAGAUUACACCUUCAGAGACUUUUGCCUCCCUGACAGAGUGACCUGCCCUCCCAAGCAAGGUGUGAGGACCCUCAUCCUUCCUGUCUCCACACAUUCCCAUUCUUCUUCUCCUCUGCUGCCGCACCUCUCAGGGCAGAAUGGACCGGUCUGUGCAGGAGCUGUUUCUGAACUUCACAGUAGUCUUGAUCACUGUGCUGCUCAUGUGGAUCCUAGUCAAGACCUACCAGGCCUGAACCACCAGGGGACAGAUACAGGGGGAGAGAGAUGAAGGGCUGAGAAAUGGUGGAACUGGGUGGUACAUUUCAAUCCAGUUACUGCAGUUGCAAACAAUCUUGAAAGCUUACUGGGCGACAGGUAGCCUAGUGGUUAGAGAAGUGGGCCAGCAGCCCGGGUUGCUGGCAUCAUCCUAGAUGCCAUUGCCUGCUGUUGUGUCCUUGAGCGAGGCACUUGACCCCCUACAAUUUCUCUGCGGCUGAUCCAUGCGUCUGACCUAUUGCUUCCAGUCCCUCGUCUGUGUUUGUCUCAGGGGUUUGGGGUGUGAGCAUAAAGACACAUUUCCAUUAACGGACAAUAUAGCGAACGGACAAUAAAAUACAAUACAUCUUAUAUUAUCUUAACUCUGAAACAUAGCAGUUGCACAUGGUCCCUGAGAAAUGAAGUGAAUACAAGACAUUGAAAGGUAUAGAUAUACCUUCACUGCUUCAGCUGUCUGCUAUGAAAGACAUGCAGUUCCUCACUCCUGCCUCUUAGAGGGACUGUAGUGUUAGAGAUGAGUUGGCAAGCAUUCUGUUUACACGCUCUACAAUAAAAAGAACUG